AUGAGAAGCGCUUGUAUCUAUUAUCGUAAUUGGGCAGCUGUCAUCCUAAGGGAUGCAGUUAAGCUUGAUGAUUGGUCCGGGGAGUUCAACACUAUCAAAGAUGCAGAACGUCUCAUUCGCAAGGACAUAGAACAGUACGACCACCAGAAUAUCAGGUUAAAGCUUGGCAAGAUAGAAACAUCCGCACUUGAACAAGCAGAGUCGCUUGAAGGUAUCUGCAAGAUCCUGAGAGAGGAGGCACGAUUGAAAGAAAAGAAUGAGCAAGAUGACAACGACAAGGACUGUCUCGCCGCCCUAUUGAUCACUGACCCUCGCAUGGAUAAGAAAAGGAUCCAAAAUCAAAAGGGUGAUCCACUUAAGGAAUCAUAUGAAUGGAUCCUGAAGAGCGACAUCUACCAGACAUUCAUCGAUGAUCCAUCAAGUCGGGUUUUGUGGAUCAAUGGACCACCUGGGAAGGGCAAAACGAUGUUACUUUGUGGAAUUAUUGAUGAACUACAGAAGAGUCUUAGGCCCAUCUCGUUCUUUUUGUGUCAAGCAAACGUCAAAGAGGAGGACUUGUCCAGCGACAUUGCCGUUAUGAGAGGCUUGAUCUAUGUUCUUCUUGAGCAUCAGCCAUCUCUGAUAUCUGCGAUUCGCCCAAGCUAUGACAAGCAAAAAGACAGGCUCUUCAACAGCAUCAAUAGCAGUGAACUUCUCGGCGACAUUCUAACCACGAUGCUUCAAGACCCAAGUCUACGUGACACAAUCUUUCUUGUGGACGCUCUGGACGAGUGCAACAUCAACAGGUCGAAGUUCACAAACCUCAUCGUGGAUCUAUCUGAGUCAUGUAGCGCCAAGUGGAUCGUGUCGAGCCGCGACUGGCCUGAGAUCCAUCAGGAGCUUGCAGAUGCGACGGGGUUGAUCUCGCUUAACCUUGAACAAGAGCACGAGUCGGUCUCUCGGGCUGUCAAGUCAUAUAUCAGCAAGAAGGUUGAUGAUCUCACAAAGACGAAGUGGAAAAAUGAUUUGGAGUUGAAAGAAAGAGUCUUCGAUUAUAUGCAGUCUCAUGCCGAUGAUACAUUCCUUUGGGUAGCCCUAGUGUGCGAAAGACUUGCCAACUCUGGUAUCAGAAAGCGUCUGGUCAUGGAGGAGCUACCGAGGUUUCCGAAGAGCCUUACAGCACUUUACCAGGCCAUGAUGGACCGAAUAAUAGAUUCAUCCGAAGCUGAUCGACUGAAACAGAUCCUGGCUUUGGUUUGUGUUGCUUACCGACCCAUCAAAUCCGCCGAGAUAUCGACACUCGUUGAGACCAUGGCUGGCUACGAUGAAGAUGAUGUAAAAGACGCCAUCGCCUCUUGCGGCUCCUUCUUGACACUUCAGGAUGGGGAGAUAUUCUUUGUACAUCAAUCAGCCAAGGAGUUUCUUCAAAGCCAGGCUCACGCCACAAUAUUUCCUCGUGGACUAGCACACCAGCAUUCACACAUAUUAUCAAAAUGCCUUGGGGCAAUGGAGAACACCCUGCGGCAGGAUAUAUAUGAACUCAGUUCACCUGGCGCCGUCAAACCGGUUGAAGUCCAUGAUACCGAUCCGUUGUGUCCUAUCAAAUACUCAUGCGUAUAUUGGGCUCAACACCUUUCCAAGUCGGACUCUUUACAGGACUCAGACCUUUCAAGCCUCAGAAGAGUGUUGAAUUUUCUUCAGACGAAAUUUACGAAUUGGUUAGAGGCACUAAGUCUCAUGAAUGAUCUCUCUACAGCAAUUACAAGUAUACUCGUCCUAAAAGCCACACUCGCCGAUAUGCAAAUGCAGGAGCUAACUGAUUUCAUUUGUGAUGCUCAUCGGUUUAUCUACCAUCACAAGCCCACUAUCGAAAUCGCUCCGCUUCAGGUGUACGCAUCUGCCCUUAUAUUUAGCCCCGAGUGCAGUGUUGUUCGCAAACAAUUCUCCUACCAGAUGCCUGAAUGGAUCAUCGUCAAGCCAGAGAUGGACAACCACUGGGAUACUCACACGCAAACAAUAUAUACUCUCCCUGACGCAGAUCACGCCAAUUACUCUCCUGAUGGCCGCUACCUAGUUGUUUCAAAUGGAUCGGUAUCUAAUAUCUAUGAGACAGUCACAGGUGAUUUGGUUCAUCAAGAGAAGACUUACUUAUCUUUUUUCAUGGCAGUAUACUCUCCAGAUGGGCUAUUUCUAUGCUGUGGAGCCGAUGAAGGCAUCGUUAUUCUUGAUGCAACCACGUUUAGGUUGAUACGGAAACUAGAGGUUGAGGCUCGCCAAUGCUUCUUCCUACCAGAAGGCAACAAUAUUGCAGUCGUGUUCAAAGAACAUAUUACCGUCUUGGACUGGAAAACUGGGGAACGUGUUUCUAGUCUCGACCGGAGUAUCAGCAAACACAGCGAAGCAGCCUUGUUGUCCGCAACUCACAUUGUCGCGAUCUCACCAGAUGCGACAGAGUUCAAGAUUUGGGAUUUAUUCACCGGCGAUUGCAAGCAUACCUUCAAUUGGGACGUCAAAAAGAUCGAUGCUGUGACCUGCUCAUUUGAUGGACAUUGGAUCGCAGCUCUGUCAAUAUUCACUACCCGACUCUGGUAUUUGGAUGAUACGCACGGCUGGGUCCACCAAUACGACUUGAGCGGUGAGUAUCCUGUGCGGUGUCUCUCGUUCUCGGCCGAUAGCCGCAUGCUAAUCUCAGGUUCAUAUGACAACCUUAUCAGGGUCUGGGACGAGACAGGGGCCUGCAUUGAGAUUCUCAAGGGGCACUCACGGCCGAUUCGCAGUUUAUCAGUUUGUCAGAUGCGAAACCAGCUAGCAUCUGGAAGUUAUGAUGGAACAGUCAAGCUCUGGGACUUACCUGAUAUUCUUUCAGACCAAUUGAGGCAGGAACGGCCAUCAUCGGUUCAGACAUGUGAUUAUUCACUUCAGGCAUCAGAACAAAGUUCUUGUUUCGUUAAAGAUCUUCGUAUGGUUAGCCUGUUGUUUUCCCCUACCGGCAGUAUGUUAGCAUCGAUAUCAUAUGAAGGAAAAACCCAUAUCUGGGAUACGGUGACAGAUAUCUGCACAAACAUUCUUGUUUCUGGUGGGGCUUCGGGUCUUCACGGGGUGAGCUUCACACCUGAUGAUAGACUAGUGGCAAUGAAGGACAUGGAUGGCAAGCUCGGCGUUUGGGACACGAAACUGAUGACGCAGAUUCAUUUUUCUGAUUUAGAAGAUUCAGAACGUCGGUACGAAACGCCUUUGGCAUUCUCCCCAGAAGGUGAAUGGCUUUUGACAUUUGGAAGAGAUGAGAGCCCUUUUACCAUCAGAAAGAUAAGUCACCCCUACGUUGUAAAAGAAUUUGGAUCUCUUGCAGCAGAUGCUCCACCGUAUAACACGUCAGAACUCGAGGAACCUUUUUGGAGAAUACCCACUUGUUAUGGCAUACUGGGCGUUGGUAAGCCUAGUGACUUCGAAGGCACAGGACGUAUUGGAUGGGGCGUGUCCCUCGAAAUGGAUUGGAUUAUGCGGGGGAAUGAACGUAUGCUCUGGAUUCCCGCUGAUUAUCGUCGGUUGGCAUUGGAUGUUAGUGGUUCGCGAGUGGCCUUUCUUUGCCCUUCAGGCCAGAUAAAAAUCAUCAAGUUCCAAUAG